GGAGAAAAGGAGUUGUACAAACAGAACAAACGUGCAUUGGAACAGAUACAUUGGUUCUAGGAACAUCGUGUGACAUGGAUGCAUAUUUGUGAUUUUUUAUUUUUUUUUUACGUUUGAGAUUUCCUCCUAAAAACUGCUGUCCAAAGGAAAAAAAAAUAGGAAAAAGAUAAAGGAAUAAUGAAGGACUUGGUGCCCUCUGCCAAGAUUGGUGUCUCUGAGCUGAAAGGACAGGUUGGGACCCAACCAAGAGUCUGGAUCAAGAAUGAAGCAGCCCGAGUGGGACUUGCUGAAACCCUCAGCACCUAUGUCAUGAUGGCAUUUGGUCUGGGUUCGGUGGCUCAGGUAGUGACGGGACAGGGAGCUUUCGGACAGUACAUCAGCAUCAACAUUGCAUUUGGGCUUGCCGUUGCUAUGGGUACUUAUGUUGGAGGAAAGGUCUCAGGAGCUCACAUGAAUGGAGCUGUGUCAUUUACAAUGUGUGUAUUUGGGCGUCUGACAUGGAAAAUGCUGCCGCUGUAUAUUUGUGCUCAGUUACUCGGCUCUUUCCUUGCAUCCGGAACAAUAUAUGCGAUCUACUACGAGGCCAUUCAUAACUAUUGUGGAGGAAAUCUGACCGUUACUGGUCCAAAGCCCACAGCUGGAAUCUUUGCCACUUAUCCUGCACCAUAUCUGUCACUGGUGGCUGGAUUUGUUGACCAGGUGUUUGGAACAGCGAUGCUGUUGCUGUGCGUGAUGGCUCUGUCUGACCAGAAGAACAAACCCCCUCCUGCUGGCUCUGAGCCUGUCAUCGUGGGUCUCCUGGUGAUGCUUAUCGGCAUGUCUCUGGGCAGCAAUAGCGGCUAUGCCAUCAACCCCACCAGAGACAUUGCACCCAGGUUCUUCACUGCCAUAGCAGGCUGGGGGUUUGAAGUGUUCAGGGCUGGAAACUGCUGGUGGUGGGUGCCUCUAGUUGCUCCCCUCAUCGGAGGCGUCCUGGGAGCAGGGGUGUACAAGGCCUUUGUAGAACUGCACCACCCACACCCCUCUGAACAGAACAGGGUGCUAGGGGAAGAUGUGCACAUUCCUUUGGUGAAAAGAGUGUAAAAGCUGUUCAAAAGCUUAUCAAACCUAUGAAAACAAAUACGUGCAGCUGUUAAGCUAAAACGACGAUUACUGUGAACACUUGCUACCUUCUCCUAUUAAAAAGGUUAAUGGUUUUCAUUAGUCUAAAAUCAAAACUAGAAUUUCACAAGGAUAUGAACAGUGCUUUCGUGCAUGGACACUUUUAGGAGAGUCCUGAAACAAUAAAACAAAAGCAGCUGGUGAUGCCUCCUGACAGCUUGAAAGGGCAGAGGCAGUAAUUUGGGGGCCCAAGGCAAGCAGAUGCAUGGGGCCCUUUCAUCUAUUGAUCUCAACAUAUUGCACUAAUCAAUGUAAAAAUGUUGGAACUUUUGAAUAAAAACAUAAAAAAUAAACUCUUUACCAAACAAAUGUUACAUCUA